UGCUCCUUCUGAUUGGAUGAACGUACCGGAAGUGUGGUGACAACCUCACAUAGUGGUUUUGGGUGGGAAAAAGAAUUCGACAUAAUACGUGCAAUAUAAAAAACUAUAUAUUUGUUAUCUGCAGUAAUUACUGCAACAGAAGAAGGAGUAAGCAUAUGUUUACCAAGCCAAUAGUGCUCUUAGAAUUGACGUCACUUGGAGUAUUUUGAUUUAUUAGCUAAAAAGUAAACUCUCCUUGUUGUUUUGCUAGCAUGCUAACUCGCUAGCCGAGGCAUUUGUUGCAGUCCAAAUAUUAUUUUCAUGCCGUGCGAGUCACGCUAACUUUUUAACUUGAAGAAAACAGGCUUCAUAACUACACAAGGGAACGGGAUAAUUAAAAGGCGUCAAAAUGCCCGAAAUCAAAGUGCAGCACGUGGUGUCGUGCAGCAGCGAGGACAAUACGCACAAAGCAGACAACUUGCUGAGCUCCGACACCUACAGGAAGUGGAAAGCGGCCAGAGCCGGAGAGAAGCAAACUUCAGUCAUCCUGCAGUUGGAGAAGGAGGAACAGGUGCACAGCAUCGACAUCGGGAAUGAAGGCUCGGCUUUCGUUGAGGUGCUGGUGGGAAAUUCCUCUUCCGUCCGAGAGCAGGACUAUGAGGUGUUGCUGGUCACGUCGUCCUUCAUGUCGCCAACAGAGAGCCGUAACGGCACCAACAUGAACAGGGUGCGCUUCUUUGGGCCCAGCCAGCUGCAGAAGAGCACGGCGCAGGAGAAGUGGGACCGGGUGAAGAUUGUCUGCAGCCAGCCGUACAGUAAAAACAUCGCGUAUGGACUGGCUUUCGUCACGUUCCAUUCACCUCCGGACAAAAACGACCCUCCAGUGACGUCCCCGAAACUGACCAAGCUGGGUCAGUUCCGGGUAAAAGAAGACGCUCCCCCAUCUGGCUCCAACCUUCAGCCCGGCAGUUUAUUUUUCAGCCGAGACAACGCAGCCAAGUCCAGCGCGUCCCCCAAAGCGUCCCCUCAGAGUAACAAGUUGAGCUACGCCACCGCCACCCUACAGGCCUCUGGGCCCGCCUCCUCAUCGUCAGGCCAUGCCGCGUCCUCCAGCUCUGCCUCGCCACAGCUUCCUGCUAAGAGAAAGUUUGAGUUCAGCAAAGAACGGCAGUCUGCCCCCGGUCCUCCUCCCUCCAAGAAAGCCAGCCCUGGCAGCUCUCCAGAGUUCAAACCGGCGACCCCCAAGCUCAAGAGCAGCACGCCAAGCCCCUGCCCCCCCAAAGCUUCACCAGCGAAGGCGGCUGUCUCCACUGAAAAAAAGCGGGCCAGUUUGUCCAAAGCCGAGGCCAAACCCAAACAGAGUGUGGAGCAAGUCCCCUUUAAGCGCAUCAUGGCGGGAGUGGUGUUCGUCCUCAGCGGCUUCCAGAAUCCUUUCAGAGGGGAGCUGAGGGAGAAGGCGCUGGAAAUGGGCGCCAAGUAUAGACCUGACUGGACGCCCGACGCAACGCACCUCAUCUGUGCCUUUGCAAACACGCCAAAGUACAGCCAGGUGCAGUCGGCAGGGGGCAUAAUCGUGCGCAAGGAGUGGGUGAUGGACUGCCAUAAAAGGAAACAGAAAAUAUCCUACAAAAGGUAUUUAAUGGAUGACACAGAGUCGAGUUCAGAGAGUGAAAUGGAGGUGGACGACCAGAGCGAGGACGAAUUGGGCACCAAGGCGCCCUCACGUUGCCUUGCUUUGCAGACGCCGCCCAAGCCACAGAGGCCGGUCGCCCCCAAAAAGGAGGCAGAAGAGAAGAAGGUAGACGAGUAUGCCGCCUCCACAGACCUGGAUGAUGAGCCAGACGCUGAUAACGACUCCGCCGCAGACACGGAGGACGAGCUGCAGAGGGUGGAGACGGAGAACAGGCAGAAGAAAGUGGCGGUAAAAGAGGAGGUGGCGGUAAAAGAGGAGGUUCCGGAUUACGGUGGCUCCACGGACGAGAACACAGACGUUGAGGAGGAACAGGAUUAUCCUAUCCCGGAACUUCCAGACUACCUUAAAGGGAAGCACUUCUUCCUUUACGGGAAGUUCCCCAACAACGAGAGGCGACUACUGACGCGCUACAUCGUCGCCUUCAACGGCGUGCUGGAGGACUACAUGUCAGACAAGGUGCACUUUGUGGUGACCAGCGAAGGGUGGCAUGACUCCUUUGAGGACGCUCUGAUGGACAACGGCAAUCUGAACUUUGUCAAACCCGCUUGGAUUUACCGCAUCAACGAGCGCCAGAAGCUGCUGCCCUACCAGCCCUACACUGUGGUGCCCUGAAGAGCACCCUCCUCGACACCGCCGCCGUCUUUUUUUCCUGUUUAUUUUCUCCCUGUCCUUUUAGGAGACGUCAUCCAAAGCUCUUUUCAUGAACCUUUUUUAAUGUUUAGAUAAGUCAGACGAUUUUUCCUUGGUAGGACUUUUUAUCAACUCAUUUUAUCGCCGUGCCCUUCGGCUACCUCAGGCAGUCUGGAAAUGAGUCCUGGCUGUGAUGUGGCUGCCGGCGGCGCUGAUAAGAUGAGCUCACGCAAGCGGGCGCCGCAAAGUAAGGUGAAAGGUUCUAGUUAUGCGGGGACGACUUUGUUUAUCUCCCUCUGUGAAAGCCGAGGAGGACCGUGUGCCUGCUUACGGUCACUUAAUGCUGGCUUCAAGCACCUUUUCUUUUUAUUUGUGUAAUAAAUAUGCUGACUUUGAGGGCAACCAAAACUCUCUGUUGUAAUAAACUGAAAAAAUUUCAA